AGUUCUACCUUUUAGCCAAUCACAAGGGAAAAUGUAAUGUAGAGGAAGUUAUCACAGACAGAGGGGUAAGAGCUGAAAAGGGAUUUAUUUUUCUCUGUGGUUUUUCAUGUAAUACCUAGUAGCUGCUUGUUGCAUAGACUAACCACCCUGCCACACAACAGCAGCUGCAGAGCCUCUCUGUGAUCUCUCAGGAUGGACGCCUACACCGAGUAUUAUGAUUACUACAAUUUUGAUGACGUGGAUUGUCCCAGUUUACACAUGCGUGGCUCCAACAUCUACCUGCCCAUACUGUAUUACCUGAUAUUCCUCACAGGCAUCCUUGGCAACCUCUUUGUGAUCUCAGUGGUGGGCAGCAAAGGUAGGAAAGGUGGGCGUCUGGUGGACACCUUUGUUGUCAACCUGGCCUUGGCAGACCUCGUCUUCGUCCUCACCCUGCCUCUGUGGGCCAUCUCUGCAAGCAGUGGCCACUGGGACUUUGGGGCGGCUGGAGACCUUCUGUGUAAACUGAGCAGCUACAUUAUAGCUGUGAACCGCAUCUCCAACAUCUUCUUCCUUACUUGCAUGAGUGUGGAUCGUUACCUGGCAGUGGUGAAGCUGAUGGAUGCAAGGUAUCUCAGGAACAGCAGGUGCGUCCGGGCUACAUGUGCUGCAGUGUGGUUGAUUUCUUUGAUGCUGGGUAUCCCAUCUCUCCUCUACCGCAGAGUAGAGUCCUCAGGGGAUGCACUCUGGUGUGUGGAAGAAAACAACUCGCCUUUUUUUCUGGGCCUGAGCCUCGCCAUGGCUUUACUCACUUUUGUUAUACCUGUGUUGAUCCUCGUGGUCUGCUAUGGCACCAUAGUGAUGCAUCUCAAUCAGCACUGUGCUGCCAAUCCUCGGGCUGAAGCACGGUACAGACACUCCCUGAAGAUGGUCUUCUCCAUCAUAUUGGCCUUCGUGGUGUCCUGGCUCCCGUUUAACAUCUUCAAAGUCAUCAUUAUCAGCGCGAAGCUCUCCAACGCCAACCUGAGUUGUGAUGCUGAGUUGUGGCAGAAUAACGGACUCCUCUUGUCGGGUUGCCUGGCCUUCUUCAACAGCUGUGUGAAUCCGGCCAUUUACUUUUUCCUGGACCAUCACUUCAGACGAAGUGCUGAGAACUUGUACAAGAGUUGUACAGGGAAGCAGAAAAUCCUGAAAAGCCACAACUCUUCAGCCUCAAUCACCAAUUUUGGCACUUCAGAGAGCAAUGGGCCAGUCAGUGGGAGAACACAGCAACAGAUGUGUGAGUAGGAGGAAAGGACAUUUAACGUAAUUUCCUUUUGAAGGGAGAAAAGUUAUUGUGCUUUAUCAUAAAAUGUGUCGUGCUCAUCAGAAUAGUGAGAGACUUUGUGCAGAUUUUUCUCAAGGGAUGUUUGAAUACAAAGUUAAACCAGAUACAUGAUUGCUUUUUUUGAGUAAACACUUUUGUGAAUUUGCUCCGUCAUAUAUCUUCUUUAUUCUUAUUUUCUACAAAUAUUGAAUAUGCUGUUUAUAUUGCUUAUGGUGCACCAUGCAGUAGUUUAGAUUUAUGAGUCAGUAAUUGAUAUCUCAUUGUUUUUAUGAACAACCUUAAAGACAUUCUUUCAUUAGUAGACGUUUUAAUUAAGAGGUUUAAAUAUAGUCUUAAAAUGUGUAGCAUAACUGAAGUUGCGUCACUUUUUUGAUGUAUCAAAGGCAGAGUGUAUGAAGUUGCAUUCAAAAAUAAAAGCUGAAAAAAUAAUGACUAUUUAUAACUGACUGAGUUUUGACUUUGGACACCUUGGUAUAUUUUGUUGCAAGUUUUGCAAUAACAUAAUAAAAUAAAAUAAAUGUUUGAUCAGUUAAUAAACCUUCCGCAAAAUAAUUGUAAAUUCAGGAUGAAAGAAUAAGAUCAUGAUUCAAAUUUGUUUUAAUGUAAAAAAAGAGAUGUUAGUAGUAAAUUACAAGUUAUUCCUCCAACAAAAACAAGAAAGAUGUUAGUUUCACUGCAGUCAUCAGCAUAUAGAGAUGAGAGCGCUGCGGCUUUAAACCGUGGCAUGCGCUGUCAAGACAAUGAUGUUUUGUCAGAAUAUAUAUAAUUGAAUUAUGUUAUGAAUUGAAUUAUGAACAUUAUUAACACAUUUUUUGUUAAAAACAUUUGUUAUAAACAUGUUUGGAGCUUUGCAGAAUUGUUCAAAUAAAUGUUGUCAUAACCA